AUGGCUACGCAAGAUGUACCAAAGACCUGCAAGGUCAUAUUGGCAGAGACCAUUGCCAAAGGGCUCCUCACUGAGGUUAAGGACACAUUGAAGUCUAUUCAGAAAGAUAACGAGGGCCAACCCACCCUAGUUGCCUUCCUUGCCAAUGAUGACCCGGCAGCUGUUAAGUAUGCUGAAUGGUCAAAGAAGACUUGCGAAGAGAACGGAUUUACAUUCGACCUACGUCAAGUAGACAAGGAUAAAUUAGAAGAAGAAAUCAUGAAUGCCAACGAGGACAGCAAAGUAGACGGCAUUAUCGUCUAUUAUCCCAUCUUCCCUGGAAACCCAGCUCACGACCGCUAUGUUCAGGAGACCGUUUCGCUCUCCAAGGAUGUUGAGGGUCUCUGCCAUAAACAUAUUUACAAUAUGUACUACAAUGUCAGGUUUCUGGAUCCUCCACAAAACCUGAAGAAGUCUAUCUUGCCCUGCACUCCCCUGGCCGUGGUUAAGAUCUUAGAGUACCUUCAGAUCUAUAACUCUAUCCUACCCUAUGGAAACCGACUUUUUGGGAGAACUAUCACGGUUAUUAACCGCUCCGAGGUCAAUGGCCGGCCAUUAGCCGCUCUACUUGCCAAUGAUGGCGCCACUGUGUACUCUGUCGACAUAACAGGAGUUCAGCUCUUCACCCGUGGUCAGGGCAUCAAGCAGCCACGACACCAGGUUCAAGACAAGGAGGGCUGGACCUUGGAGCAGUGCAUACCCAUCAGCGACGUCAUCAUUGGUGGUGUCCCCUCAGAGAAAUACAAGGUGCCGACGGAGCUCAUCCGCGAUGGAACCGUCUGCAUUAACUUCUCUUCUUUCCGAAACUUCGAUGGGCCCGCUAUCAAAGAGAAGGCAUCGAUUUACGUGCCUUCCGUUGGUAAAGUUACAAUUGCGGUGCUGCUUAGAAAUCUUGUGCGUUUGAUUGCAAACCGCCCUUCAACUAACAAGGACGGAUCUACCGACGAGAGCGCGCAGAAGGCCAAGAGCGAGGCAUUUGUAGAUGGUUAA